AUGGCCUUCCCAUCAGCCCCCUCUGCAGGAUGGCGUGUCAGCUUGUUGACGGUCCUACUCGCAGCCGCGGCUCACAGCAGCAUUGUCUACGACGACGACCCCUUGCAGCCGGUGACCUCCGAUGAGACGGUGUCCGUGGGGGGGACGGUGACCCUCACCUGCCACGUGGCCGAGAGCGACAACUCCUCCCUGCAGUGGUCCAACACGGCCCAGCAGACCCUGUACUUCGGAGAGAAGAGAGCGCUCAGAGACAACCGCAUCCAGCUGCACCGCUCCACCUCCACCGAGCUGUCCAUCAUGAUCGGGGACGUGCAGAUGUCCGACGAGGGCGAGUACACCUGCUCCAUCUUCACCAUGCCGGUCCGCACCGCCAGAGCCACGGUCACUGUUCUAGGUGUGCCCGGUAAACCUCAGAUCUCCGGCUUUGAGAAUGCAGUGCCAGAGGGGGGGAAAGUCACCCUGACCUGCACCAGCACCGGCAGCAAACCCCCCGCCAGUCUGAUCUGGUACCGUGGAGACCAGGAGCUGGAAGGACGCCCCAACGUGGUGGAGCCGGUGCCCGACGACCCCACCUACAACGUGAGCAGCGAGCUGACGCUGGAGGUGAGCCGAGAGGACGACAACGCCCUCAUCACCUGCGCCGUGGACCACCCGUCGCUCGCCCCCGGGGACGAGAGGAGCGAGCAGGCGCUGCGGGUGCUGUAUGCACCCGACACAGUGAUCCAGCCUGAGAGCGAUUUGCCCCGAGAGGGAGAGAAGUUCUAUCUCAAGUGUGUGGGCAACAGCAACCCAGAGCCCCUCUCCUUCAUCUGGGAGAAGAAGGAUGGCGAGCUCCCCUCGCUGGCCAAAGCCGACGGCGCUCUCCUACAGUUCGAGAUGCUCAACAAAUCAGAUAACGGCGUCUACCUCUGCCAAGCUGACAACGGCAUCGGCAGCAGCCAGGGGGAGUACACGCUCCUGGUGCAAGAUGCUGCAGACAACAUCCCAGACCCCACAGCCAUGUUGACCUCCUCGGGGGUGGACCACGCUGUGAUCGGAGGGGUGGUGGCUGUUAUCGUCUUCAUCCUGCUCUGCCUCCUCAUCGUCCUCGGCAGAUACCUCAUCAGACACAAAGGGACGUACCUGACCCACGAAGCCAAGGGCUCGGACGACGCCCCUGACGCCGACACGGCCAUCAUCAACGCGGAGGGCGGCACCUCCGGAGCCGAGGACAAGAAGGAGUACUUCAUCUAG